CGCAAAAUCCCCACACACUUCCAUAGUCCAUACUACUAGCCCGCGCGCCUUACGAGAGAGAGGGAGAGAAAGCUCUCGCCUUUUCUAGCUACACGCCUCCUGCUCCACUCCUGCGUCCAUCCAAGCUUGCUGCUUGCUGCCCAUGGCCGAUCCGGCGGAGGAGACCGUCCCCGCGCCGCCGCCGCCCACCCCGGCGGUCCCGGCCGAGGGUGCCUCGGACGAGCCCGAGCCGGUUCAGCUGCCCGCCUCGCCGGCGGAGAAGGUGACGGCGCCGGAGCCUGCGCCGGCGCCGGCGAUGGCGACGAGUCGGGGGUUCAGGUUGCUUGGGGAGGAUACCUCCGUGCAUAAGGCUCUUGGGGGCGGUAAAACUGCUGAUGUACUAUUAUGGAAAGACAAGAAGACAUCCGCUGUAGUGAUUGGUGGCGCAACUGUCAUAUGGAUCUUGUUUGAAGUGCUUGAUUACCAUCUAUUGACUCUGCUGUCUCAUGUGAUGAUUGGUGCCCUGGCCAUCUUGUUCCUGUGGUCAAAAGCUACUACAUUUAUCAAGAAGAGUCCACCAGAUAUCCCCGUAGUACAGAUACCUGAAGAUGUCGCUGUGAAUGUAUCACGAGCAUUACGCAAUGACAUAAACAGAGCACUUCACCUGUUUCGGGAGAUCGCGUUGGGGCAUGACCUAAAGAAAUUUCUUGGUGUGAUUGUUGCGCUCUGGGUUCUGUCAGAAGUGGGAAGCUGCUGUGACUUCCUGACCUUGAUAUAUGUUGCUGUCCUCAUGCUACACACUGUGCCGAUCUUGUACGACAAGUACCAGGACAAGGUGGAUCACUUUGCUGGAAGGGCUCACUCCGAGGCCUGCAAGCACUAUGAGGUGUUGGAUGCCAAGGUUUUGAGCAAGAUACCCAGGGGCCCUUCGAAACCCAAGAAGCAGAACUAGAAUAAGCUGCGCGACGAGACUCGAUUCGGCAGGGCUGUGUCGUUGUCCGGUUUGUGGGUUCUCCAUGUAGCCAACUGCGUCGCAGACUCUACUGAUAACAGCUAAUGUUCUCUCUGCUUGAUGGUUUGUUGCUGGCUUUUCUGCUGUUUGCUUCCGUGGUGCCAGUUCUUGUUCAUUCUAUCUUGAAGCCUGUAUCCAAACUCCUAAAUGUGCCUGAAUGCCGCUUUUCUACUACUACUACUGCAGCUGCCUGUAGAUAUCUGUGAUAAAACAUGAUAAACCCUUGUUCAUGAUGCGUGUGCUGCCUGCUAUGUUUAUCUGAAUUGCAAGAAUGGGUUUAGUGGAUUCU